AUGGGACCAGGGAGGCUGACGUGCGUGCUGGUCUUGGCGUUUAUGCUGGCUAUGGGGUCCCGGCCACAGGAACAGCUACCCAGGGAGUCCCACAACCUCAACUGGAACAAGUUUUCAGGGUUCUGGUACAUUCUGGCUGUCGCCUCUGAGGGCCGGAGAUUCUUGCCAGGCAGAGACAGGAGGAAGCUGGGGGCAUCCAUGGUGGAGGUCCACAAAGUGGGCCAGCUGAAGGUGGUCCUUGCCUUCAGCCGGUCACAGGGGUGCCAGUCACACACGUUAAUUCUGCGGAAAGAUAGGAAAAAGGCGAUGUUCAGGAAUACUUGUGCGUAUGAAGCGGCCCCACGCUUCUCUUCCGGUCCAGUGAAGGGGGUAGAGGGCUUCCAUGUGCUGUCCACCGACUACAGCUACGGCGUGGUCUACGUGCGCCUGGGCCGGGCUGGCCGGACCUCCAAGACCCUGCUGCUCUUCAGCAGGCAGAACACGUCCAGCUUCCCGAGCAUGAAACAAUUCGUAGACAUAUGUGAGAUUUUGGAGCUCGCAGACGGUGUGACUGUUCUCCCGAAAGACGCGCGUCUGCCGCCAGCCCCCAUGGUCCCUGACGUCCUCAGGAAGUCGUUCACUUAUUCGCCCAACAUUUCUAAGCACCUGUGA